AUGUCUGGCGAGUUCAUCCCAAAGAGACCUCACAAGAAAAGCCGUGGAGGCUGUGGGACAUGCAAGUCGAGAAAAGUCAAGUGCGAUGAAGCUAAGCCAAAAUGCGCUUAUUGUGAAAAGAGAGGUCUUGUUUGUAUUUACUUGUCAAAGCCGACUAAGUCGACACCCACGAAUUCUCUCUCCCCGUCGGACACUCAAACCGGGGAUUUCAACGGCGACAUUCUAUUCGACUUUAAUGAAGAUGUCGAAACCAUCGAUCGGUCCUGGGAAAUGGCACUGCUUAGAAGUCCAUCUCCACAGGUUGCUAUCCAAUCGGUAGGCUUCUUGUCACCAACCGACCUCCGCUACAUGCACCAUUGGUCCACUUGUACUUGGAGCACUCUCGCUGUUGGCCACUGGGCUGACGGUGUUCUGCAAAUGGAAGUCCCAAGCCUCGCCUUCGAGUUCGAUUUUCUUCAAGACUGUAUGCUUGGCAUUGCGUCCCUCCACUGUCAACAAUUACUUCCAGACCCGCAAGAAGCUCAGAGGCAAACUGCGAUCUAUCGUGCACGAGCCUUGAGUAGCUUCCGGAAUGCUCUGACGAACCUCAAAUGGGGUACUCGGAAGUAUGAAGGUGCACUCAUCACUUCCCUUCUUCUUGUCCUGCUCUGUUCCAAGGACUACACAAUGGGCACCGGAGAGCUCAUUGCUGUAAACUGGCUCAUCUUAUACCGAGGGUUGAGCAGCGUCAUCAACUUGAAAACGUACGAGGAUAUCAGUUCUCUGAGCGUGUCUCCCAUUUUCCGCCGCGAGCUCGAGCCACUAAAGGAAUCACCUGUCAUCCCAAAAGUUCUCAUGAAUAUGGUUCGGGAAAUCGACCCAAGCGAUCCUGAUUUCGCAAUGCUGGAAAGUUACUGUACAGCGCUCGACGCUCUAGGAAUUCUCUACGGGCAGUUACGUGAAGGCGGAACCGGCCCCGCGCUGUCGAUUAGAGUCAUCACUUGGCCCUCGUACGUCCAGCAUGAUUUUGCUGUUGGUGCCCAAGCGCGAAAACCGAGAGUUCUGGUCAUUCUGGCUUUUUACAUGGUCUUUAUGCGUCUCGUGAGGGAUCUUUGGUGGGUGGAUGGUAUUGCUCAGCAAGAGUUUGGGACGCUCAUUAGGAUGUUGGACAGGAGGUGGCUGCCGUAUGUUGAGAUUCCGAUCAAGGCUAUGAUGAUGAGUACCGACGAGGAGGCUGUGGAGUUGAUCUUGAAAUGA